GUCCCGCCCUUGGGUCCACCCCUCGGGCGGCGGGCGGCGGGGCCAUGUGCCCCCCGGUCAGCGGGCGGUACUGGGCGGAGGGCGUGUCCCACCUCUAUGCGUCCUGGAUGUACCAGCUUCAGCAUGGCGGCCGGGCGAGGAUGUGCUUCGCCUGCUUCAGGACGGCCUUUCAGGAGCUUCGAGCGUUCCUGGAGUCCGAAGACUGGGAAGAUGAAGACUGGGACCCCGAGCUGAUGGACUACACGGAGGAGGGGUCUGAGCAGGGGUCGCCCCUGGGGCCGGGCCAGGGGCAGCCCGCCCUGGCCGCAGGGCCCGUGGAGUCCGAAGGGGUGGGCCUGCACCACCACUUUGUGCCCACGGAGCUGGAGCCUCAGGACGCCGCCCCCCUGGGCCUGGGCGCCGAGGCAGCCGACUGGACUCAGGGCCUUCCCUGGCUUUUGGGGAGGCUUCCGGUCUGCUCGCACUGGCCCAGCCCGUCUCCUCCGAGGCAGGGGUUCUUCAAGGCGGACCUGCCCCCGGGGGAGCCCAUGGUGUUGAAGCUGGGCACCACCCAGGCCAUGGACCCCGCCGAGGCCAGGGCCUGGUUGCUGGACCUGCAGGUCCUCUACAUAGUGGGCUGCUAUGACGCCGUCUACCUGCGGAAGAUGAAGGCGGCGUGGGCCCUGCAGACCCCAGGCCAGUGCUGGGAGCUGCUGCUGGAGCCGGACGAAGUGUGGGUGGUGCAGUACCAAGACGCCCCCCAGAAGCAAGACCUGCACCGGUGGAAGCUGAGCGUUCUGGAAUCCUCCCCUUCAGGGGAGGAUGAAGAGCUGGUCCCUGCGGACUCAGCCCUGCUCAAGAGGGGGUUCACCGUUCUCUCCUAUUUACCCAGGGCCGUGAGGGAGGCAGAGGAGGGGGCCUCAGCCUCUAGGCCACAGCCCUGGCCCCUGGGGUGGGAUCCCAUUGGCAGCGGCAGCAGCGGCGACGGCGGUGGCGGCGGCGGGCUCUGGGGGCCUGGGGAGGGCCUGGCUGUCAUGGGAGCCUCUGCCCUGGGGGAGCUGCCACGCUUCCAGCCCUUCGGCCCGGGGCCCCAGAACUGA